AUGACGAACGAGCCGGUUCACUUCUACGGUCGGAAUAAACCAUUUAGUGAAUUUAGUAAUUUUCACGAAGCUCCCAUCGAAUUGGAUGGGUACACAUGGCCAACAACUGAACAUUAUUUCCAAGCACAGAAGUUUGUUGAUGAUCAAGAACAUUAUCUACAUGUCUUGAACUUACCUGCUCCACGUGCGGCAUUUAAUUACGUACGAACAUAUAAAUCUUUCGUUCGACCUGAUUGGACAGAUGUAAAAGAUGAAGUUAUGCUUAAAGCUUGCAUGGCUAAGUUUGAACAGCAUAAAGAUCUGAAAGACUUAUUAUUGUCAACUGGUGAUCGACUUUUAGUCGAACAUACGGAAAAUGAUUCUUAUUGGGGAGACGGUGGCGAUGGAAGCGGAAGAAAUCAAUUGGGCAUUACUUUAAUGAAAAUUGUGAUAUUAGAUGGAAAAGUAAUUGCUGUCGGCCGUUCAGUUGCUGGUGCACUUACCGCUCUGUUUCUUAAGCAGAACGGAUUUUCAACAGAAAUUUACGAACGUGUGGCAGCUUUUGGUGACGCUGGAGUAAGGUUCAUUCGCAUUAUAACUUCCAAUGGUAUUAAAGUGUCGAUGCAAAUACCUGGUUUGACUGGGAAGUUUGUAGAAAACGGAUGUGCAUUGAAUUAUCUUUCCCAUCGAACAUCAGAUGGUGCUAUCAUCAAUGAAUAUUCAAUUGAAGAUAUCUUGUUGCAUUUCGGGCAUCCUUUUGCUAGGUAUGAAACGUACGGUUACGUUACGUUUGUUACAGGUGAACUGAAUUGUCAAAGAAUACCAGUACACUUUAACAAACCGCUAUGCGGAAUAACUCAUUUGGAUGAUCAUGUCGUAGCUCAGUUUAAGGAUGGAUCGGAAAUUACAGGUGAUUUUCUAAUCGGUGCUGAUGGACUUUGUUCAAGCGUUCGACAGAUUCUAUUUGGAGUUGAUCAAUCUACUUACACCGGUCUUACUCAAAACCAGUGA